AUGGGGGAGUCUAGACAAGAGCUCGUUUCGUGGCUCAACAAUCUCCUCCAACUAAACAUCACGAAGGUUGAGCAAUGUGGUACUGGUGCUGCCUUGUGCCAGGUCUUUGAUAGUAUCUAUCUUGAUAUACCAAUGUCCAGAGUCAAGUUCAGCGUCAAUACCGAAUAUGCAUAUCUGCAAAACUUCAAGAUCCUUCAAAACGCCUUCACGCGCCAUGGCAUCGACCGACCGGUGAACGUUGAACAACUAGUCAAGUGCAAGAUGCAAGACAACCUCGAAUUCCUCCAGUGGACGAAGCGGUAUUGGGAUCAAUACUUUCCCGGUGGCGAUUACGAUGCCGUUGCUCGUCGACGUGGCUCCGGUGCCCCUCCAGCUGCCGCUCCUACAUCACGAACAACCGCCGGCGCAACCAAGAGAGGCACGACUCCUACUACUGGCGGACGGGUCGCGAGAGGAAUCGGUGCUGGUCCAGGGUCUGCUGCCUUGCAGCAAGAGAACAACACACUCAAGGAAACCGUGCAGGGGUUGGAGCGGGAGAGGGACUUCUACUUCAGUAAGCUUCGAGAUAUCGAGCUGCUAGUCCAACAGGCAUGCGAAGACGAUCCAGAGAUCGAGAAACAGGAGGAUGGUUUGAUCAAGCAUAUCCAAGCGAUCCUCUACUCGACGGAGGACGGAUUCGAGAUACCCGCGGAAGAUGGUGUGGAUGACCAGGAGACGUUCUAG